AUGAAUGCAAACGCAUUGCGGGCGUAUUUUAGGGCGAAAGGGGGAGAAUCUGGAGCUUUGGCGUAUCGGGCUAGGACGCAUCGUCUUUUUACUGAGCUGGAGCCAUCUAUUACUGUCACCGAGCAAAACCUGGCAGACCGAGUUCGGUAUAUCUUACGCUCAAAUAUAUUUGAUGGCGCCGAACUCGAACGGCUACGACGUGAGGCUGUUCCCUCGUCAAAUGAAAACGCUACGACUGGGGGUGCGGCGCCACAAAUUGUAGAACAACCCGCACACGUGGAUGCCGCCGAGAAUACCCCAGUGUGGUUUCUGAUUCAAAUGAUGAUGAAACAUUCACCCAGGAACUGGAAAUAG